AACAAACUCGCAACUUAUGGUUAUCACCCCUCGCUUUCUUCGUCGUUUCGGGCUGCUUUCUGACGGAAAUGCCCUCUCCAGCUCCCUCCAUUCCUCAAGAGCGCUCGGAAAGAUGCAAGCGCUUAGCCGAUAAUAAUUCUACAAUGCUGUCUCUUCUAUCCGUCAGCUGCCAGGUGCCGCUGGAUUCGCGGUCCUUCCGCAGGGAGCAACAUGCGAGCUCGAGCUACCAAGUACCCCGAUGGGCAGAAACUCCGAGAGGCCCGUGUCAGGAGGCCCAAGUCUGUUUGAAAAGGCCCAUGCAGGAACAAGCGUCGCGGCUGAGUGAGCAGCGCUGCCGAACAUACGCGCGUUCUAAUCAUAGUGAACACGUCGUCCUCGUCGUCGCAGCUAUAUAGAGGGGACCUUCCGGUCUGCGAUGAACAACACCGCCGACUAACCGCCAGCCAUGGGAAACCUAUCAUUCCCCCGCUUUCUCUGGGACCAGCUCUCGUACCAUGCUCCUGUGGUCCGCAAAGACCUCAAAGGCCAGACGGUCGUCGUCGUUGGUGCCAAUGUCGGUCUCGGAUACGAGGCGGCGAAGCACUUCGCGACGAUGGGGGCGGAACGCGUCAUAAUGGCUUGUCGCAGCAAGGAGCGGGGUGCUGCAGCGGUCGAGCGUGCCCAGCAGGAGACGGGGCUCAAGAACACCGAGCUGAUGCUUGUGGACCUGGCCGACUUCAGCUCGAUAAAGAACUUUGUCAACGAACUCCAGGCUCGCGUCGAUCGCCUUGAUUAUCUGGUCCUGAACGCAGGCGUUGCGUACAUGCGGUCUAAACGCGUGGCGACGAACGACGGCUGGGAGGAGAUGAUGCAAGUUAAUGUCAUCUCGCCAUCGUUUCUCGCCCUACUGCUACUGCCUCUGAUGGUGCGAACAUCGCGCGAGCGGCACACUAUCCCCCGCACGGUCAUUGUCACGAGCUCUAUGCAUUAUUAUGUCCCGCCAUAUGGGGAUGAUAUCUUCCUCCAGCCUGAACUGCUGAAAGCGAUAUCAGACCUUCCGGAAUAUGAUCCUAUGGCACGGUACUGCGAGUCCAAAUUGUUCAACGUCUUCUUCACUCGCGCCCUUGCCGAGCGUCUUCGCUCCACUCACCCCACCGUCAUCGUCAACUCGGUCAACCCUGGUCUCGCAACGACGACCUUGACCCGCGAUGCCAAACCGUCCGAGAUGCCAAUUAGCUUGCGAAUUAUGCACGCCACAAUCGCCGUCACCGCGGAGGUUGGCAGUCGCGAGCUCGUUUACGCGGCGCUGGCCGGCAGUGAGCGCGCAGGGUCGCUGCAAGGGGCCUACGUCGACCGCUGCGAGGUGCGCGAGCCUUCGGACUUCGUGGUGAGCGAGAAGGGCAGGAUCGCUCAGGAUAGGACCUUCCGUGAGAUUGUAGCUGCCGCACGGGAGAUCGAGCCGAAGAUCGACGAGAUCCUCAAGGAAUAUUUGCUGGAUAUCUAAACGUGCCGGCCUUCUUCGAAGUAUCUGUACACAAUGUAUGACUUUGCUUCGGGCCAUCUAAGCACCUAUGAAUCUGA